CUGGAAUUUGGCUUGGCAGUGUGUGUGUGUGUGCGUUCGUGAGUUUUCUUUCUGGCAAAAUAUUUAGCGUUUUGUAAUUAAAAAUUGCCAAAUUCGACUGCAAAUAUAUCCCAAAAAUUAAUGCAAAACAAACUGUGUGCAUACAAGUCAAUCAGCGCGUUCCUCUGUAAAUUUCAUAAAGUUGAAAGAGAGUUUCGCAAGCUCAACAACAAUUACAAGCAGUUAAAAACAAGUGCAUGACGAAUGCAAAAAAGCAACGUCAACGACACAAAAUUCAGAUAACAAUAGCAGCAACAAAAACAGCGCUAUUUGACUUGCAAUGAGAUGCAAACUCGACGUCGCCAUCAGCAAACGGACCAGGAAUACACCAGCAAUUACAGCAGUGUUCCACAACCUCCCUUGGUGCAGCAGCAGCAACAACAACAUUCAACGCUAAUCCAACCAGGGCUGCAGCAGCAAUUUGUGCAGCCAACGCUUGAGGCUGCCAUACACAUUGGCGAAGCGCAGCAUUUUGCUGCCGACGUCGACGUAGACGACAAAUACAACAAGGCAGCGCGUGGCCAGUGGAAUCUCUUCAGUGGCAUCUCGUCACGCUCGGGACAGGCGCUACGUUCGUUUAUCCAGCAACCCCUGAGCGCCGCUGCCGCAGUUGUCACUGGCAAUCAUCCACAGCUACAGUCGCAGCAAGGUGACAACAACAACUUCGAUAAUUUUGGAGUACAGCCAGAGGGUGAACUUGAUUUGGACUUGGAACCGCAGCAGGAAGUCUUCAUAAUGGCAGCCAGAGAUCGCACGGGAGAAUUUGCGAAUGCGAUACGUUCGCUACAGUCUCGGAACAUCACCAGAGCUGUCAAUAUAAGAGAUCCUCGCAAGGCCAAACAGGUGCAAAGCUACUCCGAGUUCAUGAUGGUUGCACGCUUCAUAGGCAAGAACAUUGCCAGCACAUAUGCCAAGCUGGAGAAGUUGACCAUGUUGGCCAAAAAGAAGACUCUUUUCGAUGAUCGACCACAAGAGAUCCAAGAGUUGACGUACAUCAUUAAGGGCGAUUUGAAUGCCUUGAAUCAACAGAUUGCCCGAUUGCAGGACAUCUCCAAGGAUCAACGACGCACCAGCAAUGGCAAACAUCUGGUCUCACAUUCCUCUAACAUGGUGCUUGCACUUCAAUCCAAGCUGGCCAGCAUGAGCACCGACUUCAAACAGAUACUGGAAGUGCGCACCGAAAAUCUCAAGCAUCAGAAGACGCGUCGCGAUCAAUUCAGCCAAGGACCUGGGCCACUUGCUGCACACACCGUUUCACCGUCGACAGCGAAGCAGGGAUCGCUGCUGCUCAGCGAGGAGAAUCAAGCAGUCAGCAUAGAUAUGAGCGACACCUCACCACUGCUUGGUCCAUCGCCAGCGCAUUUGCAGCAGCAGCAGCAGUUGGCCAUCUACGAUGAGUCCGACACAUAUGUGCAACAGCGAGCGGAAACGAUGCAGAAUAUUGAAUCGACCAUUGUGGAGCUGGGCGGCAUCUUUCAGCAGCUGGCGCAUAUGGUCAAAGAGCAGGAGGAGAUUGUUGAACGCAUCGAUACCAAUGUAGCGGAUGCGGAACUGAAUAUUGAGGCGGCGCAUGGCGAAAUUCUCAAAUACUUUCAGUCCGUUUCAAAGAAUCGUUGGCUCAUGAUUAAGAUUUUCGGUGUCUUGAUAUUCUUCUUUCUGUUCUUUGUUGUUUUUAUGUCAUAAUUAAUGCUAAAUACCCCGACCUUGUCCUCCACACCGCCCCACUCGUCCUUCACUAUUCAAUUAUAAAUUAUUGUGAAUACAUUGCUAAUAAUAAUACUAUAUUAUAUUUUAA